CACUGUCAAACUAUUCUCCCUAAUCUGUGGUCAGAAAUAUUUACGUCAGCCACGUUGGAAGUGCCAACUCGGUGUUUUUAUGUGAUACAGUGGGCUGAAAAUGAAGCUGAAGGAGUUGAAGAGGACAGUGAACCCGUGCUGGUCACCAUGCGAGCACUACCCGGUGAUGCUCGCUACCGGCUCGGCGGCACAGCAGGUUGACUCUUCGUUCAGUUCCACAUCGAUGUUGGAACUGUACGGCUUGAACUUAGAGGACCCAGGACUGGAUCUUGAGUUAAAAUCUAGCAUUGAAACACAACAUAAGUUUCAGAAGCUAGUGUGGUCUGGAGCUGGGGUCAUAGUUGGCGGUUGUGAUGGAGGCUUAUUGGAGUUUUACAGUGCUGAGAAAUUGCUUAAGAAUUCUAAUGAUGCGCUGCUUGGAAGCAGCACGAAGCACAGCGGCCACGUGUCCGCAUUGGACAUCAACCCGUACCAGAAGAACUUGCUGGCGUCGGGCGCGUCGGAGAGCGAGAUCUUCAUCUGGGACCUCAACAACAGCGCGCAGCCCAUGACGCCCGGCCAGCGCAGCCAGCCCCCGGACCACGUGCAGGGGCUCGCGUGGAACCAACAGGUUCAACAUAUUCUAGGUUCAACAUUUGCCAGCAGAUGUGUCGUUUGGGAUUUGAGGAAGAACGAACCAAUCAUGAAGCUAAGCGACUCGCAGUCCCGCACCCGCUGGCGCGCGCUGGCGUGGCACCCGUCAGUGGCGACGCAGUUGUGCAUCGCCUCGGAAGACGACCUGUCGCCUGUCAUACAGCUGUGGGAUUUGAGACUGGCGGCGUCGCCGCUGGCCACUCUGGAGGGACAUAAUAAAGGCGUUCUCUCCCUCUCGUGGAGCCGCCACGACGCCGCCCUGCUGCUCUCCGCCGGGAAGGACGGGCGGGUCCUAUGCUGGGACCCGGAUCAUACCAACCCGGGCGUGCCCCCCCUGGAGGUGUGGUCGCAGCCCCAGUGGGUGUUCUGUGCGUCGUGGAGCCCGCGCGUGGCGGGCCUGCUGGCCAGCGCCUCCUUCGACCAACUGCUGGGAGUGCACUCGCUACUGGGAUACUCCACACCUCAACAGUCCCGGCAGUCGUCGCGCAGCAUCGUGGAGUCGUUUGGUGGCGCGGCGCAGUUCAACCAGCUGCCCGCCGUGAGCGCCGCCCCGCCGGCCCCCCGCGCGCCCCCCGCCAUGCCCCCCCGGCCCCCCGCCUGGCUGCGCCGCCCCGCCGCCGCCAGGCUGCACUUCGGUGGCAAAUUAGUGACGUUCGACAAUACUCCUACUACAGAGGGAGGAACACAAAGACUCGUACAUAUAAGCCAGGUGGUUAGCGAACCAGAGUUAGUAGAACGAGCGGCUCAGCUCGACACGGUGCUGGGCUCCAGCCUCAGCCACGACCCCAAUGCUUCGGAACAACUCGCCGAAUACUGCCGUCAGCGUGGCGACUCGUGUCGUCAGCAAGGCGAGCGCUACACGUGGUUCUUCCUUCGGGCCAACUUCCUGCCUUCCUUCCGGGCGGAAGUGCUCAAUCUGCUAGGUUUUAAACAAGACGAAAUUCCGUCUAAAUUUAAGAGCAUAGUCACAUCUGGUGAUAACGCGCAGACCGACUCCACGGCGUUGAGUAGAGGCGAAUCUACUGAGACUGAGGCCGAGCUAUCUACGGAUACCAGUACGGAUCUAUCGGAUGCCCACACGUUGAUUGAAAGGAAACUAGCGAAUAUCGAUAUAAGCGGGCCGGCGGUGUCCAACGUCGUUAUACCUAACGGCGAGGAUUCAACGAGUUUGAUAUGCCGAGCCCUCGUCUGCGGCAAUUUGGAGGAAGCUGUAGAACUGUGUUUGGAAGCGAAGCGAGUGGCCGAUGCUCUUAUCAUAGCAUCUCUGGGCAGCCAAGAGCUGGUAUACAAAGUUCAGCAGUAUCACUUGCGGCAUACGGGCCAAGAUCCCGUGUCGCUGGUCGCUCGCAGCAUAUUGCAGGGCGGCUGGGAGUUGAUGGUGCAGUCCGCUGCCUCGGCUAGUUGGAGACAUACACUGGCUACAUUGUUGACGCAUUGUGACAAUGAUGCGUUGCCUCAGUACUGUGAAAUGCUAGGCGACAAGCUGGCCUCAGAAUCGGAGCCGUCUCUCCAAGAGGCCGCGUCCAUCUGCUACCUGUGCUCCAUGAGUACGGACAGGCUGGUCGCGAGGUGGGCCAACACCGGCAGGGAUGCUGCGUCUCUGGCCGCUCUGACGGAGCGAGGGCUGCUAGCUAGGAGGGCCGCGGCGGGUAGAGGGAGGCGGGACCAGGAGUGCGGUAAACUAGAAGCCGUACUGGAGGAAUACGCGUACCGGCUGUCGGCGCAGGGCUGCCUGCAGAGCGCGUUCAAUUCUUUAGAAGGCGCCGCGCAUACGGAGCUCAAACAACGACUGGCCAAAGCGUUGGGGCUACUGCAGGAACAGCGACAGCAGCCUCAAGUGGGUCAGUACAAUCGCAACCGCACAGUUUCGACGCAUUCGAACAGACGAGAAUCUGUCCCACACAACCAAAACGCUUACAAUACUGUAUCGGGUCCAUACGAACACCAGCCGUGGCAGCAGUCGUCAGUGCCAGCCAACAGCUCAUUCCAGUCGCACAAUAAUUACCCGCCGCCAUUACAACCUGCACAGUUACAACCCGCCCAGUUACAACCUGCACAGUUACAACCUCAGCCGUUACAACCUCCCCCUCGGCCGGGGAGUGUUGGCCCGCAGUCUGGUGGAUUGUCGAGUCGAUCUAAAUACAAAGUCGAUCCUUCGGUUGCUUCUGCACCGCUCUAUAACCAGUACAACUUUAACAACCAACAACAACAACAACAACAGUACGGGUACAACAGUCCUCUGCCUGAUCAGUAUAAUUCAACGAGCGUAGUUAACCCUGGCUUCGCGCCCGUCAACAACUUGAACUCUGCCAAUCCUCUCAAUCCUAUGAACCCCAUAAACCCAAUGAACCCCGCACCCUUAAACCCUAUAAACCCAGCGCCAUUAAACGCUGUCAAUCAAAUGAACCCCGUGAAUCAAGCGCCGUUGAACCCUGUGAAUCAAUUGAAUCCCACUAUGAAUGGCAGCUAUUAUAAUCAGGCAGUAGAAGCGGAGCCUAUUAAACCUGCAGCUCCUGGAUGGAACGAUCCUCCUAUGCUUACUGCUAAGCCAAAGCCAAAACAAGAAGUACCUGCGCAAGCGCCGAUCACGCAUCCUCUAUUCGGCGUAGAACCUCCACAACAUGUGCCUUUAACCGGGCCUCAAUACGGCCAAUACCCGGGACAACAGUACCCGGGUCAACAGAUACCCGGGCAGUUCCCGGGACAACAGAUGCCCGGACAAUACCCGGGUCAACAAAUGCCCGGGCAGUAUCCGGCGCAAGGGGUGAAUCAAACGCAAUACCCGCCCGGAACUCAACACUAUCCGGAACAAAUGAAUCAGCAGUAUCAGCAGCAAGGACGGGAGAGUCCCGCCGUGGCAGCCCCGCCGCCCGCGGCCAAGAAACCGAUCCCCGAGCAAUACUCCUCGAUGGUCAACGUGUUCGAAUCUCUCAGGAACGAAUGCUACGCGAGAGCCACGCAACCGCAAAUGAAGAGGAAGUUAGACGACGUGCAGAGAAGAUUGGAAACGUUGUACGACUUACUGCGGGAGAAUAGGUUAUCGGAGGGCGCCAUAUCGCGCCUGCAAUGUUGCGCGGAUCUGGCCGGGAGCGGGGAUCUCGCAGGGGCGGGUAAUGAGGCCGGCGCUUUAGCUGCGGGCGCUGAGUUUGCCGCAGUUGCAACGUUUUUACCCGCUCUUAAGGGGUUGCUGCAAUUAGCUCAGCAUUUACAACUACGUUAGAUAGCGUAAUACUAUACAUAUUGGACAUCGAUCUGUACGCAUGCUAACCGUGUAACAUCUGUACCUUUAGCGCAAACCAUUGUAACAUACAUAACAUUACCCGUGUAACAUUAUCGAAUUCGUAUAGUUGGAUUCGAUCUAUAUGUACGUCAAAUGAUAUUAAAUACCCUAGAUACAACAACACGAACAAAAUCGUGGCCGAAACCUGUCCAAAAGGUACAUUGGACGAUCCACGGAGCUCCUUAAGAUGAUCGCGUGUUCAAGUCACCUUUAAUGCGUACUGUAUAAGGUCUUAAUUUAAACGCAUGCGUCAAAGACUUAUGACAGUUCGAAAUGCAAGCUCAUAAAAUUUUACGACUUAUUGCUAUAUGCGGAAGGAUAUAAACCUUAUAUUUUAGAAUUACUGUUAGCGAUAUAGCAGGUACGGGCCGCGAGGAAACGAGAUGGCUAUACGGCGACGUAUGACCGACCAUGCAUUUGAAUAUCAAAAAAUAUUUUAUAUUAAAUCAGUUUAUAGUAAGUAUUAGAACAAAAUUUGCUUCAAAUGCGUUAAAUUAACAAACAUUGAUCAGAAUACCUGUCGAAAAAACGACACUUUACGUACUACAGUGGAUUCAUUCUUGAUUUCACUUUCAUUUGUGUGGACUGCAUGGAUUUAAUUCAAAUAUGGCACGAAUAUUAUUAAGAAGUCGGGUCAACAUAUAGGCUACAUAUUAUCACGCUGUCCUACCUACGGGGAACGAGCAGUUAACCUUUAUUUCUUCAACGCAUUCUGUAACAACGAAUAAUUAACUCCAGGCGUACAAAGUCGCGGGCGGCCGCUAGUCAUUUAUAAAUGAAUAUAAACUAUACAUGUGUACGUGUCUGUAUAUCUUUACCUUUGCCUGUUACGAAUAGAGUGGUCCCUUCAUAGUCUUUGUACCCAAAAUCCACUGUAUAAGUAUUUUUUUCCCGGAGCUCUGCGGCAUCUUGACUUGUCAACGGUCCGCGCGUGACUGUGAACCAAGAAGUGCUUGAGUUGUGUUCAAGCACUUCUUGAUUGGGACACAUUUUGAGCGCUCGUGGUUUAUCUAGGGUAUUUAAUAUUGUUGACUGCUUUUGUUAAACACUUACAUACUAAACACUAUACUAUGCUAAAUUCUUCCCAUAAAAAAGAUACUUAUUAUAACUUUAGCAGAUACUUGUAUCUUUCUUAACAAAACUAACUAUAUGAGAGACUUACUUAACUGGACACUUUUUAAGUUCAACUCUAUUAUAAUUUUUCUACAUUGAUUUAGCUCUGAUAUGACAUAAAUCUGGUAUUGACCUACGCUUUGUAUGUAUAUCAGAAAAAUAGAUAAGGUACCUGUGUUAAAGAAUACUGUAUUUAUCGGCAAAUAACGAUUUUAUAUGAACACCACACUAAAAUUACGUAAAUUUUUGUCAUUACAACUUUGUCAACACAUGUGAAGUAAGUUUUAAAACUUUGUCGCAAUAACUAGUGUCGAAAUCUUAGAGAGAGACGUUAGAAAUUGUAUUAUAUGCAUGUUGUGACAUAGAUUUAGACAAGUGUAUAUUGUUAACUAAUGUCGGCGCUACUGUAAUAAUGUAUAUCAAUUAAAAUGCAACUGUAAAUAAACGUUACAUACAAACAUGUACUUUAUUAUGUUCGUAUUUAUUAUGUACUUUAAUUACCUCAAAUAGUGUCAGUAUAUAAAAAAAAUCAUGAAAACGUGAUGGCAAGUUUUUUUACUGGCUAUUAAAAUAAUGGUUAUUUUAUUGUAUUAUUAAGCAAGUAAUACUUUUUAACUAAAUUAAUGAGUACAUAUACACUAUACGUACAUAAUAACUUAGUUGUAAUCAGCAUCUGCAAGACACACACUAGAUCUUUCAUUAAAGAGCUACGAUUAUUAUAAUUUAAAUUUUUAUCACUAAAUUAAUUUAGAAUUUUAUUUUAUAACUUAUAUUUGUAAUGGUAAAAACGAUGAAUUCGCAUCUUAUUUAUUUUAUUACACUUUAAAGUAGUCGAAUAUAUUACUAAAAUUUAUUUUGUUAUUUUAAUUCAAUUUGUUCCCAAACACAUAAUAGUUAUAAUUUAAUCGUAUUUAUUAUGUUACAAUAACAGCAUUUAUAUGAGUGAAAAAAAAAAAUUAGUUAUAAUUUUAACAUAAAAUUGAAUACACGCUUCUCGUCUAAUGGAACAUUAAUUGUAUGAUAUAAUAUUUCGUGGGCAGUAAUUUAGUUGACAAAAAUUAUUUACAAACAUUUAGUUAGAAUUUUAUAUUCAAAAGAUAUUGUUACUUGAAAAAAAUUUACUCGUCACAUACAUACUACGACUGGAAUCGAACCUGCACUUAUCGCUAUCCGGGAAAAUCUCUGUCAUGCCGAACCUACACUUCUUGCUAUCCGGGAAAAUCUGUAUCAUGCCGAACUUGCACUUUUCGCUAUUCGGGCAAAUCUACGUCAUGCCGAACCUGCACUUUUGGCUAUCCGGGCAAAUCUACGUCAUGCCGUCCCUGCACUUUUCGCUAUCCGGGCAAAUCUACGUCGUGCCGAACCUGCACUUUUCGCUAUCCGGGCAAAUCUACGUCGUGCCGAACCUGCACUUUUCGCUAUCCGGGCAUAUAUCUGUGUCAUGCCACCUAAUCUAUACUAGAAGGAAUUCGACACGUCCGGUCUAGUAUCAUAAACGAGUUGUAUUUUCGUAUAAAAAAUCAUUAAAUAUAAAAAUUACUUUUUUUAUGUUGUAAAUUAGUGUCUUAAGAUAAAAACAUCAUCUCUAACAUUUUCGCUAAUAUUAAUUAUGUACUUCUUAAAAUUAUUUUAAAUAGAUAAUUAAUUGCAUAAUUUGAACCAAAAUUAUACUGAAUAAAUAUUGUUUUCCUGUUGUUAUCCUAAAAUAAAAUCUAUUUUUUAACUUUCAAUGAAUUGGCGUCUAGUUAUAUAAAACUUCUCAAUAUAACAUGAAAAUUAAAUGCUAUAAUGAGUUAUUUGUUAUAAUAUGGGUUAAGUUUAACGAAAUUUUUGCUUCAUUACCUACUUAAUUGUUUAUUCUUAUGAUGUAGUUAAAUAAAACUUUUGCUCUUUACUUUAUUUAAGUUAAAAUUAAUAAUUAUGAAAUUUAUUGAACCUAACUUUCGGUUCUUUCUUUUACAGUUUAUAUAACCGAAGUAAGUAGGUUUAAAAAAAAGUUAUUAUUAUUAUACUAAUGUUUCGCAAAAGAUAUAAUAAGAAGAAUUCAAAUUUAAAAAUAGUGAAGACAAUUUGUAUUAUGCAAAAAACGCCCUUAAGAUCUUAAAACACAUGAAAUCCUAAACCUUUUCGUACUUUUCAUAAUAUAUUGUUAGUAGUUUUCGUUGAUGAUUUUUGAGAGUAAAAAUGCUAGUUUGUGAGAAUUAAAUUUUUAUAUUUGUUUUGUUUAUAAAUGAUAAUAAUGUUGAGCCAAUUAAAUAUUAUUAUUUUUAAUUUAUUCUAACUAUAAUAAUUAUUUCAAGAUUUUGCUUAAUUAUGUGGAAGUAAUGUGUCAUGUAGGUACCUAUUCGCCAAUAUAGACUGAUUGGUUCCGAGUGCUGUAUCUGUACGUCGAAUAAAAAUAUAUUAAUAUAUUCGUAACAUUGUAUUAUAGUUAUUAUUAUAUUGAUGAAAUUAUAUUUUUAGAAAUUAA